CGCUUUGACAGACGGGUUUAUCGCCUCCCAGAAUCCUGUACGCGACUGACAAGGUCAGUGGCAAGAUGGCUGCGUCAGCGUCUGUACUGCGAUUAGGUGUCAGAAAUAUCUUGUUCGUCCAGAUGCGUCGUCACUCCUCUGAUCAGUUGGGAGAACUUGGAAAAGGUGCUGGAAAAGGUGGUGGAGGCGGAGGAUCUAUCAGAGAGGCUGGAGGAGCCUUUGGAAAACGGGAGGCUGCUGAGGAAGAGAGAUAUUUUCGGCAAAAAGAACAAGAGCUACUAAGUGGCUUGCGAAAACACCACGAAGAAGAGAUCCGCCAUCACAAGGGGGAAAUUGAACGUCUGCAAAAAGAAAUUGAGCGUCACAAGACCCAAAUGAAGAAGCUGAAGCAUGAUGACUAAGUUUGCCCAUAUCUGCAUCUCCGUUGUUUGGAGUCAUAUGCGCUAAGAUCUCCUGUGUGUGACAUGAUUAGUAUAUACGGUAUAUCUCAAUAAAAUUAUAAUCAUUGGUG